AUGGCGGGAUGGAAUAUCCUGCUCACUACGGCCAUCGCUGGCCUCGUCUGCCGCAUCGUGUACCGGGUGCUCCUCCACCCACUGAGCAAGUAUCCCGGGCCGAAGCUGGCAGCGAUUUCUAAUCUGCCCUACACCAAAUGGUCAGUUACGGGUCAACUGCACUCGCGCAUCCGAGAGCUCCAUGAGAGGCAUGGCGAUGUGGUUCGAAUAAGACCCAAUUCCCUCACCUUCAGCGAUCCACAGGCGUGGACAGAUAUCUACGGCCACCGCAAGGCCGGCGCGCCGCCCUUCCGCAAGGAUCCCGAGUUCUACAUUCCCUCAUCGAACGGGUCCACCAACCUGAUCAACUCGAGCGAGGCAGACCAUGCGCGGCAAAAACGGCUCCUGACGCAUGCGUUUUCGGAGCGGUCAUUGCGAGACCAGGAGUCUCUCGUCAUGGCUUAUAUCGACCUGUUUAUCACACGUCUGGGGGAGUUGGCCAACAACUCACAGGACGUCGAUCUACUCCACUGGCUGAACUAUCUCACGUUCGACAUUGUUGGCGAUCUGGCCUUCGGGGAGCCGUUCGGCUGUCUGAAGGAUUCCGCAUAUCAUCCGUGGGUUGCGAUUCUUUUCCAGAGCAUCAAGACCGGCGCCCUUCUCCGCGCUCUAACGAUCUAUCCCACGCUUGCUAAGAUCAUCCGGUACUUCAUGCCAAAGAGUCUCCUCCGCAAGCGAGCGGACCAUUACCGUCUCAGCAAGGAGAUGGUGACUCGACGGCUGGACAUGGACACGACCCGGCCCGAUUUCAUAUCGUACAUCCUGAAAUACAAUGACGAGAGGGGCAUGUCUCGCUCCGAGAUUGAAGUCAAUGCCGCCCUUCUGAUCGCCGCCGGCAGCGAGACCACUGCCACCACGCUGUCGGCAUGUGUCUACUACCUCCAGAAGAACCCCGAGUGCUACAAGGCGCUCACGGAAGAAGUCCGUCAGGCGUUCUCCAAGGACGAGGAGAUCACCUUUCUUGCCGCUGGAAAGCUCCCGUACCUCAAUGCAAUCAUCGAAGAAAGCCUGCGAAUGUAUCCGCCAGCGCCAGCCAUCGGGCCCCGGCUGGUCCCCGAGGGUGGCGCUGUGGUGAAUGGAGAGCAUAUACCGGGAGGUGUAUGUUUCUGUCCCUUCCCUAUUGAGAACUCUAGUCGACUGACUCGGGAUAUGAAUGGAAAUGGCUAUAGGUAUCUGUGUCCGUGGCACACUAUCCCACCUUCCGCAGUUCAUCUAACUUUGCCGAACCGGAUUCUUUCCUUCCAGAGCGCUGGCUCAGAGAUAACGAGGAUAGUCGAUUCCGCAACGAUAAGCGAGAAGCGCUACAGCCGUUCUCAUAUGGGCCGCGGGCGUGCAUCGGUAGAAAGUAUGGUUUGCUCCCUAUCAAAGGUCCCCGGCACAGACAAUGACUGA